AUGAUUCCACCACGGCGCCCGGCGGGUUGGGUGCGUUCCCUCAAGACGCACAUUUGUAUAUUUUGUGUUUCUCUGCUUUCUUACGCCACAAGCUUACCUGCGGUGGACUACAGCCUGGACCCCAAGAAGGAGAUCACUUUAGAUGGCGAUUUGAUGAUCGGUGGCUUGUUCCCGGUGCAUCAGAAAGGAGAAGGAAUGGAGGAUUGCGGGAAGAUCAACGCGCAGAGAGGUAUACAGAGACUGGAGGCCAUGCUGCUGGCGCUGGACGAGAUUAACCGGGACGAGCGCAUCUUGCCGGGGAUGCGUCUGGGCGCCCACAUCCUCGACACCUGCUCCAAGGACACGUACGCCCUGGAGCAGAGUCUGGAGUUCGUGAGGGCGUCGCUGACCAAGGUGGACGACAGCGAGUACACCUGCCCUGACGGGUCGUACGCAAUCCACGAUGACGUACCCCUCGCCAUCUCCGGGGUCAUCGGCGGGUCGUACAGCGACGUGUCCAUACAGGUGAGAAAGAGGGCAAUGAUGUAA